AGACCAUUUAUAGGGUUAGAUGACACCUUUUUAAGAGGCAAGUUCAAGGGAAUUUUAUUGGUCGCACUUGGUCAAGAUUCAAUGAAGCAUUUCUAUCCACUUGUUUGGGCAGUAGUUGACAGAGAAACUAUUAGAACAUGGAAAUGGUUCAUUGAGUUGCUGAGGAACUCAUUGAGGUUGGCAGAUGGUGAAGGAUUGACACUAAUGUCUGAUAUGCAAAAGGGCUUGAUUGGUGCUGUUAGUGCUUUGCUUCCAAAAGUACAACAUAGAUGGUGUGCAAAACACAUAGAAGCCAAUUGGUCUAAGUCUUGGAGUGGUGUACAGAUGAAGAAGAUGUUUUGGUGGUCUGCUUGGAGUACAUAUGGAGAGGAAUUUGAAGACCAAUUAAAGUCCAUGGGUUCUGUGUCUAAAAAAGCAGUCGAAGGUCUUUUAUGGUAUCCACCACAACAUUGGUGCAGGGCCUUUUUUGACACUGUCUGCAAAAACUACUCCUGUGAAAAUAAUUUUACUAAGUCUUUCAACAAAUGGAUUUUGGAAGCAAGGGCAAAACCAAUAAUCAAGAUGCUGGAAGACAUUAGAAUUAAGGUUAUGAAAAGGUUGAAAAAACAUGAAGAAGAGGGUAAGAAGUGGACGGAAGAGUAUAGUCCAUAUUCUGUGGAUCUGUAUCAUGAUUUCAGAAUGAUUGCUCAAGGUUUUCAAGUUGUUGCUAAUGGAGACUUAGGAUAUGAGGUGGUUGAGGGUGUAGAUAGACAUGUUGUGAAUCUUUCUAGAAAGAAGUGUACUUGUAGGACAUGGGAUUUGACAGGAAUACCAUGUCCUCAUGCUAUUAAAGCAUUAGAACAUGAUAAAAUAGAGCCACUAAAUGAGAUGCAUUGGUGGUAUUCUAAAGAAGCUUACUUGCUUGUAUACCAGCCUAAAAUUCAACCUGUUAGAGGUGAGAAAUUCUGGAAAAUUGAUCUUUCUCAAGCUAUGCAACCACCACAAAUUCAUAAAUUGGUUGGUAGACCAAAAUUAAAGAGAGUAAGGGAAAAAGAUGAGGCAAGAAAAAGGGAAGGAUUAUGGUCGAAAAGUAGAAAAGGAUUGCAAAUGACAUGUGGAAAUUGCAGUGCUGUAGGUCAUAAUCGAAGAAGAUGUCCCCUACUUCAAGAAGGAAGACAAGUUCUCCCAGAUGAACCAAUCUUGAUGCCAACUCUUGAAUUUGUUGCAUCUUCUAGUCGACAAACUAGCCAUCAAUCAAGUGAAGAAUUCAAUGAAGUUGCUGGUCCUUCAAAAUCAAAGAGAAAAAAUGUUUCAAAGGACAAAGUUGAUGCACUACCAAAGAGGUCUAAAAACGAUGGAAAAGAAAAAGUUACUGCACCUUUGAUUGCAAUUUUUGAUCAGGAUGAAGUUGAAGACAGUAUUGAAUCUGAGGAUGAGAAUACAAUCCUUGCACCUAGAGUGAUAUCUGAAGAAAAAACUAGACUUCAAAUGAAAAAGAUGCUACAACAACCAAUUGGUUUAAGAAUGAUUAGUUCUAAGGGUGAUGAAAAUGGUGUUGUUGUCCCUACUAAUUUACCAUACUCACCAAAAAAGCUAACUUGGAAAGGCAAAGCAUGUGUGACCUCAAGUCAGUUGAAAAAAGACAAGGAAAAAAAGAUUGGCAAGCUUAAGGCAAAGAGGGGCAAACAUUAGAAAGUAGUUGCUAAGUAUUGGUUUAAAGAGUUUUCAUUUAGUAUGUAAUGGCACAAUGAAACUUCUUAAACUGCUAUUUUUGGAGGGGCAAGCAUUACAAAUUAGAUUGAUAAUGUUUUGUGGGCUGAAAAUAUUUUGUGACUUGAAAAUUUUAUGAAUUCAUUCUAUUAUUUGGUGGCUUUGUGGAACUGUUGAAACUUUGUGGUUGUGGAACUGUUGCAGUUUUGUGGUCUGUGGAACUGUGGAACUUUGUGGUUAUGGAACUGUUGCAUAUGAUAAAUUGUGGCAAGUGAAUGUUUGACUCACAACUAUGCAUAUGAUACUGUCAGUGUGGCAAGUGAAUGUUUGACUCACAAUUAUCUCAUCCCUGCACUUUGAUUUUAUAGUACUUUUCUCCUAUAUUUUGGAAACCAUGUAAUUGAUUUUUCUUAGAAUGACCGGAAUUUGAAACUGCCUUGCACAUGCUGUGUUCUAUUUAUGAGACUACAUUAAAAACUUGCUUGGUG